GUUGUGGAUAAUGUGUGAGUGAAUACAGUCGGAUAAAAGUGGAUGUGGUGUUGUAGCGGCGGAGUGGUGGGCGGUGAAAGCGGCUGAUUGAUGAUUAGAUUUACGGUGUGGAUCACGGCGGGGAGAGAGGAUGACUCACUCCGUCUGAUGUGAUGUUCACCCCGCAACGGCUCCUCGGCAGUGCGGUGGCACGCCGGUGUAGUUCAGCCUGACAUAUCGGUGUGCUCCACCAAUAAAAGUCAAACUUUAUGAAACUGUUUGGACGGCCCUGAGAUACAUUGUUUGUUUCAAACUUGAGUAGCCGUCACUCGGUAGUUAGAGAGAGACCGAGCGUCGUGAUUUACCGUAAAUUUCGUGACGCCUGAUUGCCAUGGAAACAGUGCUCCUGCGCUGAGAGGAAACUGUCCGUGUUAACUUCAACAUCAACCUCUCCAACGGGGUCGGAUAAACCUGUUGGGUAUCUCAGUGUUUAUUUCUUUUCUUGCGUUGCUGCCCUGGCUUUACUUUCCAUUUUAAUUUGGCCACAAACCAGGUGAGGAUGAUGGAGCUUCAUACGGAGAAGAGGUUCCACAAUUUGACCCUUGAGCAAGUCCAAGCUCUGGACAAGAUCUUGACGGAGGUAAUCCCCAUCCAUGGACGAGGAAAUUUUCCCACAUUGCAGGUGAGAGCAAAAGACAUCAUUCGUGUGGUGAAGGAUCGGCUGGUCGAGAGAGACAUUCAGGUGAAAGAUAUUCGCCUUAACGGCGCGACUGCCAGCCAUGUCCUGGUGAGCGAUAACGGCCUGGGAUAUAGGGACUUAGACAUCAUUUUUGGAGUGGAGCUGCCCAGGCAGGAAGACUUCCAGGUUAUUAAGGAGGUGGUGCUGGGCAGCCUGCGAGACCUUCUCCCUUGUGGAGUUAACAGACGCAAGAUUACUUGCCUGACAAUGAAGGAAGCGUAUGUGCAAAAGAUGGUGAAAGUUUUCAAUGAGCAUGACAGAUGGAGCCUUAUCUCGCUGUCUAACAACAGAGCUAAAACCGUAGGGCUCAGGUUUGUUAGUUCCCUUCGAAGACAGUUUGAGUUCAGCGUGGACUCCUUCCAGAUUAUAUUAGAUCGUAUGCUGGAGUCCUACUGGGAAACUGAAAGGAAACAAAUAGGAAAGUUGGCAUUGAAUGCUGGGGACUUGGCCAAAAGAGACCACAAAGAUGAAAACAAAGAGCAAGAGCAAGAGCAAUCGAGCCUUCCUCGAGAUGCUGAAGAGGAUAUUGCAAAAGACUCUGCAAUGGCAGCCGGUGGAGAAAGUCAGUGUCUGGAUGAAGCAGAGAAAGAGCUUCCACAUGCAAAGGCUGAGCCUGUAGAUGGAGGGCAUGAGGCACAACAGGUGUUAGAACCUGAGAGCAGUAACUUACAGCAGGAGGAAGAAGAAGUGGAUGGCAUUGAGGAUGUUCAUUCAGAGGAGGACAUUGUGUUUGACCUAUGUGAAGAAACGGGAGAAGAGAAAGGGCAGUUUCACAGUGAUUAUCCUUUAGUUUCAUCACCUAAAACUUUAUUUACAGAAGUCAGGGAUCCGCUGAUGACACAUGCAUGUUUAAAGCUACAGAGUAACGAAGAGCUACGUGAGUCACAAGCUUCCCAGCCAGCAUCUGUAACGGAUACAGAAAACUUGGCUCCACAGGAAACAGUCCAUUGUGAAGACAUCAUUCAGUUCAAAGCAGACUCUGUAACCUGCAAGACUGAAAAUACUCCAGACCUACAAGAUUCACAUCUUGAAUUCUCCUUCCCUCCUCCAGCGAAGAAAACUUGCAGCACAUCACAGGGCAUUGUACCGGACUAUUGCCCCUCACCGAAAUUACAAAGAAAAAUGUCACGGAAACUGAUCAGUAAGCCUGAAAAAUGGUCUCUGCUGACUGAUUUGUCAGAUCUUACAACACAGCUGUUUCCACCCAUAGAAAUACCCAAACCACUUCAACCAAAACCUCCUUUAAAAGACAGCGCUCAAGUUCAUUGCUCAGAUGUACCAGGCUCAAAGUCGGAGGACUUAGAGAGUGCAGAUGCACUUACAGUUCCCACAUGCAGUCCAGCCAGCACGCUGCAGGAUGUGAUGGGCCCAAAUGAAACUGUAGAACAAACUGUUAAGCCCAAACAGUCAAAGAAGCCCCCUGAUUCAGAGGCUCAAAGCCACACAUGUGCAGCAGACGUAGUCACACAGCCUCAGGUUGAUGAGCAAAAACCCGAGCUGAUGGACAGUGUUCCAAACAGCUGCGGGUCAAGCUCAUGGGCUGGGGCAGCAGGGGAGCCCACCAUCACUGUUGAAGCAGAGUGCAUGUACGGAGACUUCGAACAGGCGAUCGACCACCUUCGCCACCGCCUCAUCGCCACCCACAACCCAGAGGAGAUCCGAGGAGGGGGGCUGCUAAAAUACAGUGACCUCCUGGUGAGGAACUUCAGGCCAGCUAGCGAGACAGAGAUCAAGUCCUUGGAGCGAUACAUGUGCUCCCGCUUCUUCAUCGACUUCCCUGACGUAAGCGAGCAGCAGCGGAAGAUCGAGGCCUACCUGCAGUGCCAUUUCAUUGGCAAUGAGGAGACGAGCAAGUACGACUACCUGAUGACCCUGCGACGCGUGAUAGACGAAAGCACGGUGUGUCUGAUGGGACACGAGAGGAGACAGACGCUCAACAUGAUCACGGUCCUGGCUCUGAGGGUGCUGGGCGAGCAGAACGCUAUCCCCAACACGGCCAACGUCACCUGCUUCUACCAGCCGGCUCCAUACAUGACAGAGCCGAUUUACAGCAGCUACUUCAUCACCCAGGCCCAGCCCCCGCUUGUCUACCACCCUUACCCUCUACAUGUCCACAUGCAGACCGGCCUGGUGUAGCUAGAGUAACAUGCCCACAGGGAGGCAUGUAGGCUUUCAACAUGGUGCUCUGCAAGCAGAGGCACAAAUGAAAGUUUUAACAACAACAGGCAACCACUGGCAUAGUGUUGUUUAAUGCUUUGAAAUCCCUCCUGCUUAUGACAUGAAAGAUCAUGAAAGGUCAGAACCGAAAGGGGUCUGGAGGUAAAGCAUGUCACCCUUUCAAGAUGAAGACUUUUGAAAAGGAAAGAAAUGCUGAGAACUCACUUUUCAGAGAGCUUGGAGAGAGGAUUUCAUUGAAGUGGAGGGACUUUGUUUACUGCCAUUUCAGCUCAGUUUUGGCAGGGCUCUGUACUGGUCACACUCCCCUGUUGAGGAGAAAUGUGAAGUGUGAUAAUUCUCUAUGGUUACAAGAUAAACUUAUAUAAUACAUAAUCUCUGAAACACUUGUUGGCAACAAAAAUCUUAGUUUGGAUACAUUUUGAAUGAUAAACUGUUAAUGUUUCUGAGGGGUUAAAACCUCUUAUAGCUGUUUUGUGAAUCAUCAUUCUCUGUAAAAUGAGUAAAAUUCAGCAAGUGGCUAUACUUGUGUAUACACUGAAUAGAAAUAGGACACCAGACAUAUGUGAGCAAAAUUUGCUGUGGUAUUUCCAUGAUGCCAUAAGUUCUGUAUCUGUGAAUGUUAACACCUCAUUUUAAAAGAGGAGAAACAAGAGAUUCAAGGUUUAAUUUCAUUUGGAACUGUACCAAAUUUUUUGGGAUGGUGUAGAGGGUUGAACCUUAUUUUUUCACUUUGUUUAAAAAAAAAAAAAAGGUCCCUGAAAGCUUAUUGGAAGUAUUUUUCAAAACAUUAAAUAUUUAUGAUAAGCAACACUAAGGGUUAAUGUUUAUUGUUAUUGUUUAUAAUGUAUAAUGUUAUUGUUUAUUAACUGGCAACAUUAGUCCCCCCAAAAAACCUCCAUCAACAGAUUUUGAUUCAGCUAGUGUUAAAUCCUGAUUUGUUCUCAUAAAUGCGUGACCACUUUAUUUAUUUUUCCACUGAGAAAACCAAUGACACAAACAGAAAUACAGAAAUCUCUCAUCACCACCAAAACAGUCCAAAUUUGGGCUUAAAAAUAUGUGUUCAUGUAGGACAGUCAUUAUAAAAAGACAAUUUAGAAAUUAUGUUUUCAGAGCCUUUAAUCUUUUCUUUUAACAUAGAAAUAUUGUGUAAGUAUUAACUGUAAUGUAAAGAAAAAUAUUAAUUUAAAAUCAGUUAAAAAAAACAAAACUUUUUCUGACCCUGUCUCAUCGCUAAUAAUUUUCAUACAGUCCCUUAGAAUAUUAAACCAAACUGUUGUGAUCCCACUCAGUGACAGAUGUUAUGGUUUUAGCGUGUGUUUAGUCAUACAUCUGCACUAUAAUCAUUUCGACAUAGUGCUAGAAGUCAUGAACUUAGAGCUGUGCCCUGAAUUCACCCUGCAUUUUGUCAAAUAAAUCCUCAGAUUCUUCAUCAUAGAAACAUCACAAGGAUUUUGCCUCCUGAUGGCAUUAUGAAGAAAGCCUUGGCUGUCUUGUCUAUAACUUUGAAUAAAAAUAUGUUUGCAAAUCUAGAGUGAACAGCUGUGAAUGCAGGACGCAUGUUGAAUUCUGUUUUCCUCCUCAAAGUUGCCAUUUCCAUCUUCAACAGGCUGAAUAGACUUCCUGUGUGUGUAUUACAUGGUGACAGUUGUCUCUUGUAGUGGACGUAUUGAACGUCAGUUCUGUCAGGAUUUUGCCUGCCAUUGUGUGCAAAAAUGUUACUGCACAUUUCAGUUAUCCAAGCAGUCUACAAUGUGCCAGCAGUUACUGCACCCUACAGUCCCUAUGUGUUUGUUCAUUGUGUAUGCAUAGCUACAGUACAUGUACUCAGUAUUAAAAAAAAAAAAGACAAUAUAAGCACAGGUUUGGAUAUGUGGGGCUGUUCACACUAAAUCUGAGACUGAAGCACAAUUGUAAAUGCACAUAGCUGUUGUUGAGUAACUAAGGUGUUUCAGACAUGCUUGUUAAUCUCUAAUUAAAUAUCGAAGACAUCUAGAUUACUGUGUGCGGUAGUGCCCUAUGUAGUAGCUUUAAAGUGAUGUAUCUAUCUUGAGACUCUGGGUAUGUUGUUUAUUGUUAAGGAACUGUUUCACCAGUAGACAGUGUCAUAAUGUUAUAGUAACUAGUUGCUCAGAUUGUUGUGUUAUUGUGAUAAUAAAUUUAACACAACUGCU